AUGGAUGCAGGUACAUCAAGGAGACGGCGAGGAAUCGGAUUUGUUACGCCAAAUGCUUGUGUGGAAUGCCGAAAGAGGAAGGCUAAGUGUGACGGGGAAACGCCGUGUGGGAGAUGUGUCUCUCAAAAUGUCACAGAAUGUAGUUAUGAUGUGCCUGUUAGACAAUCCAAAGAAGAGAUGAGGUCAGAGAUUCAGCGACUUAGAGAAGAUCAAAAGCGCACUAACAGAAUACUUGAUGCACUGUCUUCGGAUAAUUCAGUGGACAUCCUGGAUCGGCUGCGAAACGGAGAGUCGCUUGAAAGCAUCUCCAGAACAAUGGAAAAUUUUGCAUCCCCCUCAGCCUCAAAUUACUCAGUACAUGAUCGUCUACAGGACAUGGCGGGCUCGACACCAUGCUUCACGGUUCCUUCUACUGCAUGUCAUUCACCCCCAGAUCUCUUGAGACACCAUAGUCCGAGGCAUCACAAUGAAUCUUGGACGGCGGUCACAUCUGACGGAGCCUUGUAUCCGAUAUUCGCGACGGUUAGUAAAGAGCAUUUCAUGGAAGAUUAUAGGAAGGGAAACACUAGAUAUUGCUCUUCAUUGCUAGUCAAUGCUCUUCUAGCGCUGGCCUGUCGCUUCUCGGAUAGACCUAAUAUUCUACAUGACCCCCAUGAUCGAACAACGGCUGGCGAUACUUUCUUCACGGAAGCUCUGAGACUCCUCUACAAAAAAACUGAUCCUAGCUGUGGCCGCAUUAGCGAAAGUAGUUUCCUCUCCGGGCAGUCAAUACGGCUGGCUGUCGAGAUGGGAUUGCAUUUAGAAAGCACAUAUGACGAUGUCGAUGGUGAUGACUCCGAGAAGUCGGUUUAUAAAGCAACCUUCUGGGGCGCCUUAUCGUUGAACGAGAUGCUUUCACUUUGUACAGGCUCUCUCCCGCAACUUUCCCAGCAAAUCAAGCUUCCAGCCAAGCCAGCUAUCAUACAACGCGUAGAAGAAGCUUUAUGGGUUCCUUACACCGACGGCGGAGCACCACUAGAUCGACAAUUCUCUCAGCCUUCCAAUCUCCGAACCGUGUACACAACGUUCUGCGAACUUUCGGAAAGGGUUCAUAACGCGCUUUAUACUCUGUACACUCCAGGCUCUGAAAUCACUAGUGGAGCCUUGGUUGAGUUGUACAAUCACUACAUCCAUUGGUACGAUACAAUGCCUGAGAGCCUUCGACUUGGGCAAAAUUUCACGCCGGCAGUGUUGUUUGCGCAUCUAUUUUACCACUCUGCCACGCUCCUGCUCUUCCAACCAUUCAUCAAUUUGAAACUCACCACAUUUGGUGUCUUGCCACGAGAUGUGUGUAAUCAAGCAGCCAAUGCAGUCACUGGCAUCGUCAAAUCUUACGCGAGUCUUUACACGCUGCGACUUACACCGUCAUUUGUGCCUUACUUCGUCUUGAUCUCUGCUAUCAUCCAUCUAGUCGCAGUCAAAACCGAUCCUUCGAACUCUGAAGUGAGAGGGAAACUGCUGCAGGGAAUCUCGGAUCUAGAAGAAAUGGCCAAAUGUCAUGCGUUUGCUCUGCGAGCCAUUGAUGCCCUUCGAUACCUGGCAUACGUCUGGGAUGCUGACGUUUCCUUCAGCACUAGCAACCGAGAUUUAACAGACUUUUAUCGUUUGUCUUCCGCAACACCCGACCAAUUCUCCCCUGAUACUAGCAUCUUGCAGACGCUACAAAGCAUACAACCGGUGCUAUCUUCAAAGGAUCACUUUCUGUUCUCGCCUUUCCCUACCCAAGGACUCCCAUCAGUUGCCACCGGUACAAAGCUCGAGCAGGGAGGCUUUACGGUAGUAUCGGAGGAUUAGAAGAAAAGCUGGGCUUGAAGGCAACUCUCAAGAUAGGAUCAUAGGAAGACUAUUUGAGAGGAUAAUGUUGUUCAAUCCACCAUGGUUAAUAACUUUGAUAACUGGCUCGACUCGUGUAGAGUAGACGACUGUUUCAUUCCAAAGUAUUAGUAAUGUUAGAUUUCUGUU